AUGGCAGGGAUAGCCCCGAUUGAACUUAAACUAAGGGAACUAACCGAUAUCUACUUCACCAUAAAAAGAUCAUUCAACAACAAAGCCCUCCCUGCACUUAUCGUGGAACCCACACUGCCUUUAGAUGAAUGGCCCCAUCCGGCUUAUAUAACUCAAGGACUAACAGAGUCAGUAUCAUGGCAAGACAAGAUCGAAAUAUACACCGAUGGGAGCAAAAUGAAUAAUGAGGUUGGAGCAGCCCUAGUCAUCUAUGGAGAAGACAACACCCUGCAUGAAACAAUACAAAUUAGACUCGCUAGCUGGUGCUCGAACAACCAAGCUGAACUCGUUGCUAUUCUGAAAGCUCUUCAAUGGCUCGCGCAGCAGGAUGUUGACGGAGUGAACAAAAACGCGAUAGUGAUGACAGAUAGCCACAUAUCCAUUGAUAAGAUUAAAAAUUACAAAGCACGAAGCCUGAUGGUAUCCGACAUCAGAAAUAUGAUAAAAUCAUUGCGUGAUAAUGGCUGGAAGAUCAGUAUUGAAAAGGUAUCAGAGCACAUAGGGAUCCAAGAUAAUGAGGAAGCCGGCGCAGCAGCAAAGGAAGCCACAGAAAACGCUGAACUCGAAACAACAGUCACAGUAGUGCCGAAAAGCUACAUCAUCUCCAUGACCUCGAAAAUAACAUUGGCCCAAUGGGAAGAACGUUGGAGGCGUUCUACUAAAGGUCUUCAAACUAAAAAGUUCUUCCCAACGGUAGAAUCGAGGAUGGCAGUAGAACUGAAACACCACCAUAUGCUUACCCAACUUAUAAGCGGCCAUGGACGUACCGGGAAUGUCAGUAGAUUCCACACAACACCUUCGGAAUGCGACCGUCCAGGGAGACCUCAACAAACAUGGGGCCACAUCUUAUUCGACUGCCCCAUUCAAGAACUACGCCGAAAAUCUCUAAUAAGGGACGCUGUAUUUAAAGGUGGACAAUGGCCACCUACUGUGGAAAAAACAAUUGAUAUCUAA